AGCAAUUCAAUCUAAUUAUGCAUUAAAAAAACAAGUUCGAAGAAAACGAAACAAUAUACAAGCUGUACCUGAAGCACCGAAGGAUCUUAUAACUUUAGAAAUACCUGAAGUGUAUAAAAUGUAUUCACCUUCUGAAGGGCAUGAAGAACAAUUUUUAUUAGCUGAUAGUGGACCUGGGGCAGAAAGAAUUUUAAUUUUUGGAAGACGUCGAUAUUUGGAUAUUCUACGAAACUCUAAGACAUGGUUUGGAGAUGGGACUUUUAAAAUUUCACCCCCACUUUUUACUCAAGUGUAUGUCAUACUUGCUGAAUAUUUAAAUGGUGUACACCCUAUUCUAUAUGCAUUACUGCCUGAUAAAUAUACAAAAACGUAUGAAAAACUUUUUCAAAUGUUAAUAAAUCUAUGUCCUGGGUUAAAUCCUACAUCAAUUUCAUUAGACUUUGAAUUAGCUGUUAUAAAUGCAGUGAAAAAACAUUUCCCAAAUAUUAUUAUUUAUGGUUGUUUUUUUCAUCUCACAAAAAAUUUCAAAAAAAAAAUUGGCGAAUUGCAUCUUAUAUCAAAAUAUAAUAACGAUGCAGAUUUUUCUAUUCAUGUUAAAAUGAUAAUUUCAAUUGCAUUUGUUUGCAUCAACAAUAUUGACAUGGCAAUCGACGCAUUAGAUGCAUAUUUACCAGAAGAACUUCAGCCCUUGCUUGAAUGGUUUGAAGAUAAUUAUAUCGGAAGAUUAAAUCGAAAUGGACGUGGACGGAGACCUGCUAGAUUUCCACCAUCAAUUUGGAAUUUAUACGAACGAGUUUUAAAUGGUAAACACAGAACAAAUAAUCAUGCAGAGGCUGCCAACCGUAGAAUAAAUGUUGAAAUGGGAACGGUUCAUCCUACAAUAUGGUCAUUUAUAACGUGCUUAAAAAAGAUUCAAGCUGGAAGAGAUACAUAUUUAUUUCAAUUGGAAUCAGGAAGGAGUCCCUCUAAAAAGCUCAAAAAAUACAUUGACACAGACAAACGUCUAUUAAAAAUACUUCUCGUCAAAAUGGCUUCAUGCCAAAACGGCCACGUCAAAACGGCCACGCCAAAAUGUCCUAGAUCCAUUUUGUAG